CUUUUCCAAGGAGAAAGAGAGAAAGGCAAGGGUAUGCAGCAGCAGGGACCAAGGCACAUAUAAGUUAAAUAGAGCAGCUGCUACUGAGACUGAGAAGACUCAGAAUUAAUGUUGAACACUCCACAGUGACUCACUCACUCACUCUCCUCCUUUUUCUGCACAGAAAGCGAAGCUUCUCUUUUCCAUCAUUAUUACUCGCUCUCUCUCACCAUUUUUUUCUUCUCUCAUUCUACAAUUCCAACACUACUCCUUACACCAAAACAAGUACCAGGGAAAUCAAAGCCAAGAGAGAAUUGAUAUGGAUAAGUUUGAUGUCGAAGACCCGUUGACAAGCUUGGAUGGACAUCAAUCUGAUACGAUUUCAGCUCUUUUCUCUUCUGAAUCUGACCAUAUGCCUUCUUACAACUACUUUCAAUGUUUAAAGACGAGUGACUUCUAUGUUUCUUUCCGACAGGAAGCCAUUUCUCUCAUUUUGCAGGCACAGUAUUCUAGUAACCUGGAUCCUUACACGCAAUACCUGGCUGUUAACUACAUGGAUCGGUUCAUCUCCUGGCAGGAAAUCCCGCAAGGCAAUCCAUGGAUUGUGAGGCUCCUUGUGAUAGCUUGCAUUUCUUUGGCUGCAAAGAUGAAGGAAAUACACUUCUCUUUCUCUGAUUUCCAGACUAAUAAUAUAAAGGUGAGACAGAGAGAUGAAGGAUUCAUGUUUGAUCCCCCAGCUAUCCAACGAAUGGAGCUUCUGGUUCUUGAUGCCUUGAAUUGGCGAAUGAGAUCAAUAACACCCUUCUCUUUUAUCACUUUCUUCGUAUCUCUUUUCCAACUUAAAGAUCCACCUUUGACACAAGCAUUGAAAGACAGAGCAACCAAUAUAAUCUUCCAAGCUCGUAAUGAAAUUAAUCUGUUAGAGUUCAAACCAUCAAUAAUUGGAGCAUCGGCUCUUCUUCUGGCAUGUCAUGAGCUAUUCCCGUUGCAGUUUCCAUCAUUCGAAACCUCAGUUUUGUCUUGUGAAUACGUGAACGAAGAGAAGGUGAUGGAAUGCUUUAAUGAAAUGCAAGAGAUGGUGAAUAAUGAAAUGAGCGAAUCAAUCGUAGAUAUGGUUUCAAGCUCAAGUAGUAUGAGAACCCCAGUAAGUGUUUUGGACUGCCACUGCAGCAAAUCAGAAAACGAGGGUACCAACAGCACCAUGGCAGCCACUGUAACACCCGAAAACAGAGAAAUCAAGCGUCGCAAAUUGAAAGGGUUUUGCAACCAAAGUAGUACAAUGAAGAUUUCCCAGUUUCAACCAUGUGAAUAAGAUUUUGCAGCUAGAGAGAGAGAAAAAAAAGCCACGAAUGGCAAUUCGCAAGUGAGAUCGCACACUAUCAUUAAGCUCCUUAUUUUCCUUGCCCUUUUCUUUGGCUACCAAAAUUUUGAAAAGAAAAUAAUAAUAAUAAAAAACAAAUUUUGCAGAAGAGAGAAA